CCUUUGUUUAUGUUACGGUAAAUGCAAUCAUUUUAUAUUCUUGUAAUCCAAAACAUUGGAGUGCUAUCAUGCAAGUUGUAUUUUAGUGUUUGUUGAAGUCUGUUGAAGUUUGGUUAAAACGUGUGCAUGCUCCGUGUUGGAUAUACGUUAAUCUCUCAUUUAUUGCUAUUUAUUAUUUAUGAGAAGAUAUUGUAAAACAUCUAGAGAUGAAGACGGCGCCGGAUCCAAUAUAUGUGCAGGAAUUUCUAUUUAAACAAUCAAAUACAUCUCAAGUGUUUGAUUUGAAAACUCCGACAUAUAUUCCUGCCGCUUGUAAUCUUCUUGUAGCUGACAAAAAGCGAGGAUUGCUUUAUAUAGGACAUGAUGAUAAAAUUACUGUCUUAAAACCAGCAGAGGAAAAUAAUGCAGAAUGGAAGAUAGAACUCCAAUUACCAAGCGUUGUAUCAAAAAUUGCAAUUAAUUGUGAUUAUAAUUAUAUUGCUGUAGCAGUAGCACUGAAGUCUACAAUAUUGAUAUAUGAUGCCCAUUCUUUAACUAGAAAUAGUCUUAACUUAUUAAUUGAAACAACAUCAUCAUACAAGCUAGAUAGUUAUGUGACAGAUAUACGAUGGAAUCCUACUGUACCUACAAUGUUUUGCACUAUUACUAGUGAUUGCACUAUCGGCAGUUUCCAAUUAAGAAUAGACGAAAAUUCUGUACCAAAAAUAUCUAUACUCUCCAACAUAUCGAACGAACCGCAAGCUCUAUGCGCAGCCUGGAGUCCCAAAGGCAAACAAGUAGCGGUUGGUUGUAAAAAUGGAGAUAUUGUACAACUGAAACCAGAUACAUUGAAGAUUGCCAGAACUAUCGCAGGUCCUUCUCCAUCUAUUGGAGAAGUGAUUAGUAUCCUGUGGAUCAGUAAUUAUCAAUUUUGUGCCGCGUAUUUGAACAGCGAGCGGCAUACAAAUGUUCUCAUCAUCGAUGCGCCAAAGGGAGAGAUAAACGCUACAUUUACAUGUUUUGAAGAUAUUACCUACGGUUUUCCUGAUGCCGAGGGAGAGGGAAGUAUUCUUCGUUAUUAUUUCGAACAUGUGCCGGAAUGGGGACUUAUCAUAGCAGGUAGUAGUACCAGUAGUGAGAUAGCUGUAUUAGGUACUACAGACGGGGGUGCAAAUUGGAAUCAAUGGCAAUUGGUUGACAGUGGUAGAGCUCAAUUGCCUCUGAUGAGAACCACGGAAAUUUAUCCUUUGGGAUUAGCUGUGGACAAAUCUCCAAUUAACAAAUUACCCUGGGGUACAGAUACCACAUUGCCACAUCCGGUUCCCAUUUUACAUAUUCUUGGAACAUCUGGACAAUUGUGUAGCUUUCACAUGGUCAAUUUGACACCCAAUUGUCCUGCCAUCAAUAUACAUCCUACAGAGAUUAUCACAGCACCAAUUCUGUCGCAGCCUACUUCAUCCACGGAAAUAUCAUUUACUAUUAACGCCGCGGUGACCAGCACACCACGUCCGAAACAACCAGAGAUUGCAUCUGAACGAUUAAAAUCCGCUCCGAUGACGAAUAUAUUUGGGGAUUCUCUGAAAGCAGCGGGAUUCUUUCAACAACCUGUAGAACAGUCAAUAAUACAACCGAAGUCGCAAGAAGAAAAAGUUGCAUCACUUGCACCUACAAAGCCCAUUGUGCCCAAAGAAAUACCAGCGCUGGAGCCUACAAAGACAGAAACCAAAUUAGUGGCAGCAGAUAAAGAAGCAAGUUCGCCGCAAGUGAUGGAACAAAAAGCUUCCAUAGAUGACAGCAUACGGAUGCGUGCUUAUUUGCAGGAGCAAGCAUUGUUCGAGAAAGAAUUACGAAAUAGAUUGGAACCACAAGUAUGGGAAUGCGGUACGGAUGAAGAAAGAAAACGACUUGGAGAGAUAUCCGCCGUCAUAGAACAAUUCUUGAGAGAUUUAAGAGACACUACUAAUAGUUUGUCCAGUGAUAUUGCAUACUCGAAAGCUUUGUUACUUCAAUCAUUCGCAUGGGUUGAAGAAACUAAAUCCAAGAAUGCAGCUGCUGCUGACAUCACUGGCAGAAAUUGCAGCGAUAACAGUAAAAUAGCAGAUUUGCAACGAUGUUAUUACUACACACAGACACAGCUCAAUCAAGUUAGUAAAAUUUUGGAUCUGGAAUGGUCGGAGCAUAAAGCACAAGAGAGGUCGAAGAUGAAAAUUCCCAGCUCAGAGUACAUAUAUCAGAAUCUCCUGGUACAUAACAAAAUUAUUGCGAAAGAAAAAGAGAAGCUUGAACAAAUUUUACGACAAUGGAAGUCUCUUAAUCGCUCAUUGUUAUACACAACCGGUAAUAUACCCGGUAAUCUUAACCGUUCGAUGGCGAAUUUGCAUUUGAAUUCGCAUGAAAAAUCGUCGACUAUUCGAAAAACCGACGUUAUUGACGCUCGUUGUAAAACUAUUGCUUCGAGGACUUUAAGUUUUACACCUGAAAAACAAAUUAAACUAAAGGCAUUACUUACCGAAUCAUCCCCGAGAAUUAUUAAGCCAGUGAAUCCGUCACCAAUUCAAGAUCGCUUAAAAGCCACAUUGUCUUCCCUAGCAUCUCUCAGUCCUGCGGUCACUGAAACUAAGACCAAGAUUGAAUCAUCAAUUAUUAAACAAAACACCGUUGUCAAACAGCAGACAGCAAUUGAUCAGAAGCAGAUGAAGGCACAAAGUCCCCUCGCUUCGUUGAACAGCAUUGUUGCGAGAAUCGGUUCGUCCGAUAUGAACAACAGUAUCGUUGCUCAGAAAAUUCAGCAAAAACCGCUUCCUACAACCGUCUCUUUUUCUCCAGCGAUGUCUGUCAAACAAAUAGACAAGAAGAUUAUUCCACCAGCAGUUUCCAUAGUGUCUCAGUCCAAAGCGAAACAGGACCUUAAUGUUAACUUCCCAUCGUCUAUUAAUCUCACAUUCGGAACAUCAACGCUAAAAUCUCAAGAUAUCAUUUUUCCAAAAUCUUCUCUUACAGAUACAACUGCCAAAAACAAUAAGGAAUCUACGCUCAAUGAUAGCAUCCCUAAAGGCCCGGAUUCUGCUUUAUCCUCGACCGGACCGUUAAAGGAUGUAUUAUCAACGGAAUAUCCGUUAACAGAAACUGCUCGUACAGGAAUUGCUCGUAAUCUUCCAUCGCUUUCCGUAGCACCAGCCGUGAAAACAGAUGCUGCUUCUACAUUCAGUUUUGCUACACCUAGUAACGCAGUUUAUUCGAAAUCCACAUCAAAUACCACCGUGGAACCAUCCAUAACGGCAGUUCAAGCACCGAUGCAAACGUCGAUAGACCUAUCGGCUUUGUCGUUGACUCUUCAGCCGACGAAUCAUUCAAACAACAAUGUCAAUGGAAAGAUAAAUACAAAUGCGCCUCCUAUGAGUUUUGCUGCACUUGCUCCUGCUCUAACACAGGUUCCCACGAUGACUGCCGCUAUUUCUCCCGUUACAACUAUCGGAGGACUUACUAUCAGCCUUGUAGAUCCGAACAUCACUCAACGUAAAUCGAUGGAAAUGCCACCCAUUAAUCCGGCCACCAUUGAAAAGAUUACUACGUCUGAAGCAACAUUUAAUUUUGGAUCCAUAGCUACCCAAGUUCCUCCAAUUUCAUUAUCCGCAACACCGAUAUUUGGCGGCCAAGUUAUAAAGAACACGCUUCCAGAAGUGACAACUACAACACUGCCUGCUACAACUACUUUUGGUGUAGUCGCUUUUCCGUCGAUUACAUCUACAUUUGGAACAUCAACUCCAGCAUCGACCACAUCAGUAUUCAGUGGAUUGACGUCAAACACAUCUGCCGGCACUACUGUCACUUCUUCAUCGGUAACAUCUGUAAGCAGCAGCACCCCGUCUCCUUUCCAGAGUUCUCUGAGUAAGCCAAUGUUUGGCGAAAUUACCACCACUAGUAUACCAGCUGCAAAUUAUGGAAUUAGCUCUAGUAAUGUUUCUGCGAGCACAAUCCCAUUCGGUAUUUCUACGAUAAUGACGACAACGACAACAACAACGGCGGGGAUAGCGGCAUCAGCAGCUUCGAUUACGCCGGCAUUCAGUAAAAGCGGCCCGAUAGCAUCUCCGGUAUCGAACGCACAAUUCCCGAGCGUUCAGAUAUCCGCAUCAUCUGCAGUGAAUGUCUUCACAAAGCCACUAAUCAAUCCUGCUUCACCAUUUGGUAAUACCGGAAACUCCGUAUUCUCCAAUGUGCCCACUCCAUCAUCAUCGAAUACUUCUAUAUUUGGAGGUAACAGCAUGAAUUCCAUCUUCGGAUCAGCUCCGUUAUCUUCCCCGAGCGAAAAUAUCUUUGGUGGUAACGCGACAGGAUUCGGUACAUCAGCUCCAUCGGAAUCUAUAUUCAAUACCACUCCGAAAUCCGAUAUAAUGUUCGGCGGAACAGCGAAUACAUCUUCAGCUACUUCUCCAUUUGGUAGCGCGAUGAGUAAUGCAUCUCCGAUGAUCGGUUCUUCCGCGGGAACAAAUGUCUUUAGCUCUACUAUGUCUAACGCAUCUCCGAUACAGCAACCUAUGCUUGGUGGUAAUCAACCUGCUUUUGGACAGGCUUCUACUUUCGGCACCAAACCGGUCUUUGGAUCGUCACCUAUCUUCGGAUCCUCAAAACCCGCAAGUGGUUUCGGCACAGCCCCUGUGUUUGAAUCUUCUGGCAUGGGAUUUGGAAGUCCAUCCAUUAUGCAAGGCAGUUCUACAAUGGAAAACAUGCCAAAACUAUUUGGAGAAGUAGCAGGUAGCAGUACAUUUGAAUCUUUAGCCAAUCAAUCAGGUGGUCUCAGUUUUGAUAGUUUAGCACAAAAGAAUCCAGAACCAGAGAAACCUACAUUCACUGCCGGCAGCUCGUUCUCUAGUUGGAGGUGAAUAAAGUACGGUUGCACGGCUUAUUUUUAAAAUUGUUAUAUAUCAUUCACACUGAAUAGAAGCCAAGAAUAAUUAUAAAUUGUGUGGAUAUUGUUUUAUAUUCAGAAAAAUGUACUUUUUAUGAAAAGAAAAAUGUGCUCUUCUACUGUUGUAAUAAAUGAAAACAAAAUUAGGUUUUAUAAUAAAAUGUCAUCAUUCACAUCAAAACAAUAAUCGAUUAAUAUUACACUUCCGAAUCUAAACGAGCAAGAUUUACUCGAUUAUUUAUAAUAAGCAAGAGGGAAUGAUC